AUAUUAGUUCAAAUUCUGACAAUAGUCAUAAUUUUUCUUUUUCACAUAUAUUUUCUAAUAUUAAUUCUGAAGAAAAUGUGUUAAAUAGUUUUCAACCAAUGGUCAAUGACUUGAAAUAUUUAGUAACCGAUUUAGAAAAAGAAAUUGCUAAUGGUAACAAUCGACAUUUAAAAGUAGUACAACAUCAUAUACAAAAAACUCUUAAAAUCGCGAAAGAUAUUAAAGAAUAUUGUAAUCGUCUUGCUAACCCUCAAAUUUCAAAAGCAAAAGAAUGGACAAUGUUUUUAUCUUAA